AUGUCGUCGGUGGAGCUGUGGGAAUUUCUCCAGGCGCUAAAGGACCACGUAGAGGUGGAGGCUGGUGGUGUAUGGACGGCUGGCCCAUUCACGAUUUCCGAUUUCGAGAGGUUCGUGGAGUGCACAGAGCAGGUUUUAGGCUGGCGGUGGAACCGUGGCGCUACGGAGGACGAGGAGGACGAGCAGCGAGGGCCUGACGGAAGCUCGUGGGUCGUGCUGAUCAAGGCGCAGCAGUUCCAGGACUUCCUCAACUCGCCCGAGGUUUGGCAGGGCAACUGUCCCGACGACGAUGUCCUGUACAGCUAUUACCGGGGCAUCCUUGCACAGGUCACGCGUCCGAGACUCAUCAAAGAGCUGUUUCAGAAGCUCGAUGUCGACAGAUGCCAGGUGCUUGGAUCUAAGCCCUUGCUGCACUUUGCGAAGCUGUAUGGGUUCAAGGGUGACGAGAGGGAGUGGGCCAAAGAACUCGAAGACUUGCGGGCCAGAUUUCACUGGGGAGCGAACGGCGCCGCCAAAGGGCACCUCGCCGCCCUUGUGAGCACGAGGGAUCCUGGGAAGGCCGCGCCCUGCUACUUCUGCAGUAGCAUGCGGCUCGACUACAUCUUAGCCCUGCUGGAGGAGCACCCGCCCAGCCUCGGCGACAGCCGGCAGGUGUCGAUGAAGCCGUUCGUGUACCCAGCCAGCCCGUACACUCCAUUCUCGGUUCUCGCCGCUCUCCUCCCGGAGGGAGAGCCCCCGCUGGGUGGCCACCGUGGGCUGGCCCCGAGAUCCGGGCCUUGCGCAGCUUGUUGA